GUCGAGGUUUUCGCCCCUCUUAUCCCCAGUGAUUCUGUGAAGGGUUUAGGAGCGGCGAUGGCUGUGGACCCAGUGGUGCAGGCUGCUGCACAAACUGCUGGGGCUGUGUGCCCUGCGGCUGUGCAGGCUAGGAGACAACAGGUUGCACGCUUACUGCAAACCUGCGACGUUGGUUGGGUGAACACUGUCUGCACAAGAACCUAUAAACUAGGACCUGCUGAGAACCCUCCUGAUAAUGGCAUGCCCAGGAAAUGGUCUGGACCGAUGCUGGGGCUGUAUAUGGGGAUACCCCGGUCACCGGUGGGACAAAAGGAGGAGGAUGUACAAUGGGCCAGGCACCUGGCUCGGACGGUGAUGGUGACGCCUGCAUUCGCCCGACUAACACAGCCAGGCUCUGUUGGAUGUCCUGUAAGAUCUCCAUUUGGUGAUCUUGCAUUUCUCCUACGCUUAACAAGAUCGACCACCCGCCUUGACACCCCAUGGGAGUCGACAGAUGAGUGCGAGGCUGCUUUCAGACGUUUGAAGCAUGCGUUGACGCACUACGAGGUCUUGAAACUUCCUGAUCCUGAUAAGCCGUUUAUAGUCACCACGGAUGCCAGCCAAUAUGGCAUUGGCGCCGUGCUCGCGCAGCAGGAGGGGCCAAAGUUGAGGCCUGUAGAGCACAUGUCCAAGAAAAUCCAGUCUCAGAAGUUGGCUAAGUCCACCUAUGAGAAGGAACUCUAUGCGGUUUACAAUGCUCUGACCCAUUGGAGACACUAUCUCCUUGGGAGGUUCUUCAUCCUCAGGACUGAUCAUCAGACCAUGAGAUGGAUGAGAACUCAACUGGUGCUCUCUGACGCUCUCAAGCGUGGGAUCGAAGUCAUUGAGCAAUAUGACUUUGACCCUCAGUAUCUGAAAGGGGAGUACAACAAGUUUGUUGAUGCCUUGUCGCGUAGACCUGAUUUCUCAGGUCUGUCAAAGGGACAAGCCCCGUACACAGGCUCCUCUUGGGCUAUAUUGAAGCCCCUUCCGAUUUUGGAACGGCCUGGUGAGAGUCUGUCCAUGGACUUCAUGGAUACUCUGAUCACCAGCAAGAGUGGGAUGCGACACAUCUUCGUCAUCGUGGAUAGAUUUAGUAAGUAUGCUAGGUUAGUAGCAAUGCCGGAAACAACAAGGACGGAGUAUGUGAUCAGAAUGUUCAAGGAGAACUGGGUUAGGGACUUUGGGUUACCGAAGUCUAUUAUUAGUGACAGGGAUGUCCGAUUUACCAGCGAACUGUGGAAGGCCGCUGCUGCAGAGCAGGGAACCCAGUUGCAAAUGACUUCUGGGAAUCAUCCAGAGGUCAACGGCCAGGCCGAGCAACUGAACCGCGUUGUACAACACCUGUUGAGGCAUUACAUCAAGCCCAACCAGGUGGACUGGGAUGAGAAGCUUGCACUCAUCGCCAGUCUGUAUAACAAUGCGAUACACAGUGCCACAGGGAUGGCCACAGUCGUGCUUGACAUUGUGUACGAACAAACGCGGGAGGCAAUGAAGCCGCUGAUGGACUGCGGGGACAUCAACGGCUGCACUUUGAUCACAGACGGGUGCACAGAUCGGAAGUUCCAUCCCGUCAUGAACUUUAUUGUUGCUGGGGAGAGCGGGGCAAUGAUGUUGAAGGUAGUUGACAUGUCGAAGAGGAAGAAUGCGGUUUCGUUGGCGAAGUUGUGGGAAGGGGUGAUCAGAGAGAUUGGGGUGCACAGAGUCAACACCGCAGAGGUGAACAAGCAUGCAGCUAGAAUUUUGAGGAGGAGAACAGACGUGAAUAUUUUGCGGAUUCCUUGGGUGCCGUGUGCUGCUCAUUGUCUGAACCUGCUCCUGAAGGGGAUAUGUGAAGAAUCGUGGGUGCAAGAACUGCACAAGAGGGGCAAGGCAAUCGUGAAGUGUAUCAAGAACCACCACAAGAGGCUGCUCGACCGCAAGGUGUUGAAGGCGAUGAUGAAGGAAGGGUGGCUUAACAUCAAAUGGGCUGCAAGGAAGAAGCGUGAGAUAGCUGAAACGGUGUAUCUGACAGUCCGGUCAGAGGAGUGGUGGGAGGAGGUAGAGGCAGCCGUGGAUGUGAUGACACCUGUGUACGAUCUGAUGCGUCGGAUGGACAAGAGCGACACUACUCCCUAUCAGUUGUGGGGUUUCGAAGAGGCAUUGGUUAAGAAGAUGAGGACCAUUGCAGUCAUCACGGCAGAGCGGCAGGAAGCCAUCACAAAGACUGUGAGGCAGCGCAGCAAGAUGAUGCGCCGGGAGCUCCUAGAGCUCCAACAGGUCGAAAGGAUCCGCCAGCAGUUAGAGAGGGAACUGAAGCAAGCAACCGAUAGAGAAAAUGAGAUCAAAAGAAGAUCAGCCAGGCUUGAUACGUUAGAGGCAGACGAAGCUGCAUUAGAGGGUUUGAAUGAGUCAGCUAUGACUAACCAAGUGAAAAUAUUGAAGAACAACAUGUUGUCGCUGCAUGCGCAUGUGGGCAGCAGGCUGGACUUCAUGCAGAACUCUUUAGACCAGAUCUUGGACCUUUUGCAAAGGCCAGGAUUCAAGCCAGCAGCACAAUUGCUGUUGCCGUUAACGGCGAUGUCAGGCCCCUUUCCGGUACAAGAUGGCACACAGCCAAGUGGUAUUAGGCCGGAAGAUGCGAAGGUGGCUAGUAUCGGGGACUGGCCUCGACCUCAGACUGUUACUGAGGUCAGAUCUUUCUUAGGAAUGUGCGGCUACUAUAGGAACUUUGUAAAGAACUAUUCUAGAGUCGCCUCUCCUUUGAUUGAUCUAACUCGACUUGACACGCCGUGGGACUGGAGUGAUGAGUGCGAGGCUGCUUUCAAACGAUUGAAGCAUGCACUCAUGAAUCAUGAGGUUCUCAUGGUGCCCGAUCCUCAGAAGCCUUUCAUUGUAACCACUGACGCAAGCCAAUACGACAUUGGCGCAGUGCUGCCUCAGCAGGAUGGGAAGAAGUUGAGACCGAUUGAGUACAUGAGCAAGAAAAUGCCAUCAAAGAAACUGGCAAAUUCCACCUACGAAAGGGAACUCUACGCUCUUUACAAAGCACUUGUCCAUUGGAGGCAUUUCCUGUUGGGACGGUUUUUCUACUUGAGAACUGACCAUCAGACUCUCAAAUGGAUCAAGACUCAACCCGUUCUCUCUGAUGCACUCAAGCGAUGGAUUGAAGUCAUAGAUCAGUAUGACUUCAAGCUAGAGUAUCUAAAGGGAGAGUACGACAAGGUUGCAAAUGCGCUAUCACGUAGAGCAGACUACCUAGGGGCGCUAGUUUCUGACUUUGGUGUAUCUGAAGAAGUAACUCAAUCGUUGGUGGGAGCCUAUCAGGAAGACCCUGUCACGAUGGACAUCAUACGCAAACUUCAAGCAAAAGACAAGGCCACAGAAAAUGAGUUUGUGAUGGUGGACGGGCUUCUCUAUCUUGAUAAGGCCGGAGUUAAAAGGUUAGUCGUUCCAUCUAGUGAACGUUUGCGUAGUUUAUUUCUAGGAGAAUGUGAUGACGCAACCGGACACUUUGGCUACAAAAAGACGAGUGCCAAUCUAGUACAGCAGUUUUGGUGGCCUGGAAUGCUAGAUGACGCAAAGAAGUAUGUAGAGACCUGUCAGGUCUGUCUGCGGGACAAGCCGCGAACUCAAGCACCGCUUGGGUUGUUGAAGCCCUUAUCUAUCCCCGCUGGUACAGGACAGAGUGUUUCCAUGGAUUUCAUGGACACCCUGGUGACCAGUAAGAGUGGCAAGAGGCACAUCUUUGUCAUCAUCGAUCGAUUCACCAAGUACGCUAGACUAGUUGCCAUGCCAGAGACCGCAAGGACUGACCACGUCAUCAAGUUGUUUAUGGACAACUGGGUGCUUGAUUUUGGACUUCCAAAGUCAAUCGUUAGUGACAGAGAUGUCCGAUUCACAAGGUCAUUUUACUCCAACAAUCCCUCACAACAUUUAAAGACCUUAAGGGUUGAAGGAAAAGAGUUCUUCCGAGUUGCCAAGAAGAGGUUGCCAUAUGAAGAGUUCUUGUUGUUCCUCCAGCACAUUAAAGAGCUUAAUGCUCACAAGAUAACCCGUGAGGAGAUGCUUCGAAGGGCUUCAGGGAUCUUUGGCCCAGAUAAUAGAGAUCUAUACAUGAUAUUUGAUGGUCUAAUGAACCGGCCUCAUUCAUGAUCUGCGACUUUGAAGUGGGUUGCUGUCUUUAGCUCACAAGUUGACAGGGAUGUGCAGGUCAAUGAAGAUAUCACUCUUGUGAUUGUACCAAUUAUGACUAGUCGCCUCUACGGCUAUCUACACAUGAGGUGAGGAGUCAAAUCAGAUCCAUGGAAUCAGGUGGAAGAGUACUCUUUGUGGAGUUCCUGAGCAGGAUCCUCCACUCGCCUGCAUGAUAAAGAAAUCAGAGUGACAGAAAAUAGGUUGGGGAGUCCGUUUGUAAUGCUGUGUACUUUUCGACCAUUUUCCUCUCUUCCUUGGCCAACUAUUCGGUGAGGCCAAGGCAUUGAGCUGAUGGCAACAGGAAACAGGGGAACAAUCGAUGUCUAAACUCGCGGAGGAUGAGCUCGUUCCAGUCCUUCACUGCUGAGCAGAAAGGUCACUGUAAUUGUAUCCACAAUUCCACAUGGUUUGUGUUCUCGUAGUUUAUGUUGCCGUAAGAAGGCUUGCCAAAUAGCAGAAGCCCCCUCCUUUCCAUUUCCCCUUCCCUUGUCUUCCCUCCAUGUUCAUUUGCCCUGGGAGAUGGUGCACCAUUUCUUGGCUUUCGAUGUCGAGCUCGAGACCGUUGUUGUAUGCCUUGCUGAAUUUCCCAGGAUUUCCCUUACCGUUGGUAAGAAUCAUCUAAGUUUUGAUAUUUUUUUUUCUGUACUUAUAAAACGAAUACUAGUUUCCUCAGUUAUGGGGGCGGAGGAGUCUAAGGUAACCCUCUGAGCGAGGAGUUUGGGGGCAGGAAAAUGGCAGCAAAUGUGUGAGUAUAUCUGUGAUAGGGUUACUAUGGGUAUGGUAACAGUGAAACGUAGACUUCUGGAUAUGUAGCAGGUGAAUCCCUGCCAACUUCUGGGACAUUCGACAGUUCUAUCCCAAUCUCCAGCAAUAGCUGGGUUGUCAGCAUCAGCCCUGCAUGGCUUUCACUCAGUUUUUCACAAUCAUUGAUUUGUGAAAACACUGAAAUGGUCUUUGUUGGCGGUGGAAUGGAGGGGUGGCUUCACUUAACACAGAAAUUUUGGCACAGCCUGUAUGGCUUUCACUCAGUUUUUCACAAUGAUGGAUUUGUGAAAACACAAAUGCUCUUAGUUGCCAGGGGCAUUGGAAUGGGACCUCACUUAAUAGAGAAAAAAUGGCAACAUGGAAAUGGAAAUGAGACAUACACAGGGGGGAGAGAGAGAGAGAGAGAGAGACAGAGAGACAGAGAGACAGAGAGAGAGAGAGAGAGAGAGAGAGAGAGAGAGAGAGAGAGAGAGAGAGAGAGAGNGAGAGAGAGAGAGAGAGAGAGAGAGAGAGAGAGAGAGAGAGAGAGAGUGAGAGGGGGAGAGGGAGGGAGAGAGGGAGGCUUCACACUGGAAUCCUCGGAAUCUUGUUUGCUUAUGCUGGACUGGGCUAAUAAUUCCUUUUUCUGUUCUCAGCAAGGCAUUGGGGGUUUAUCCUCCCUUUUGAUGUUGGCAUUUCAUAUUUGAAUGAAAGUAGACAGUGACGUGUGCAGUCUGCGGGCUAGGUGCAACAGAUAAAGCAGGCAUGUAGUUUGGAAUAGGUGUAGCUCUGAGGUACCUAAUUGCACCAUGAGCUUAGUUAUGUGGUCAGGAUUGUGUUUGAAAGGAUGGACAUAGGGCAUGCGACUCAUGUCUGUGUGCCCUUCGUGAAAUAAAAUGAGCAAUUACUUGCUUUUCUGAAAAGGCAAUGUGGUAUUUUACCACUUGGACAAGACAAAGGCAAUUGUGAGUCGAAGCUUGACUUGGACAACAGGGCAUAGCUCGGUGUUUCACAUGCUGUUGCACCAAUUAGGAUAGCCAGGCCACUUGUUUAAGAGAAUGAAGGUAGUGUAAGAUUUCCAAAAGGAGGGCAAUGGGGAAGAUGAUGAUGCAGGGGGAAAACUAUGUCGGUAUAUAGUCCAGACAGUUUGAGAGGUAAUGCGACGUAAAAAGGA